CGUCGACAGCAUCUCAGUUCAUCUCGCGCAUUUAAUUGUUUGCAUCAAAUAAAAAUCGUUAUUUUCAUAAAGUUACUGAGUUUUCUUUGUUAAUUAAUUGCAUCUGUCGAACUGUCAAAAGACUAAGAGUCCCGCUUGACCAUCUAAAAAUGGUCAACACAAUCGAUAUACCGUUAAAGGACUCAGACGAGGUUAUUGAAAUUCAACUAGACAAGUUGCCAGAGUAUGAUGAAGUACAUGGCAUUUUAAAGUCUGAAAAUUCAAAUCUGCAUAUAUGGGUCAAUUUAGCCUUAGAGUAUUACAAAAAAGGCAAUUCAGUUGCAUUGGUUGGGUUGUUGGAGUCAUCACGUAGAAAUGCAAGUUUAAAAUAUAAAGAUAGUAAUAAGGAUCAAAUGAGAGCUCUAGAUAUGUUAGCAGCAUACUAUGUGCAAACAGCUAAUCAAGAAAAAAAUAAAGAUAAAAAACGUGAACUUUUUAACAAGGCCACACAACUUUAUACAACAGCAGAUAAAAUCAUCAUGUACGAUAUGAAUCAUUUGUUGGGCCGUGCUUUCCUUUGCUUGUUAGAAGGUGGUAGAAUUGAACAAGCAGAUGCUCAGUUCAACUUUGUAUUGAAUCAAUCAUUUAAUAAUCUACCAGCUCAAUUAGGUAAAGCAUGCAUUGCAUUCAUCAAGAAGGACUACAGAGGAUGUCUAGCUUAUUAUAAAAAAGUAUUGCGCUCUAGCUCUGAGUGCCCUGCUGAUGUUCGAGUAGGCAUGGCAUAUUGUUUUUUGAAACUAGGAAACAUAGAAAAAGCUCAAUUAGCAUUUGAACGUGCCUUACAGUUGGACCCCAAGUGUGUUGAUGCAUUAGUGGGUCUUGCCGUCAUGAAGUUAAAUGGCGAAAGUCCUGCUGAUAUAAAAUUAGGUGUAAAUAUGUUGUCAAAAGCAUAUACUAUUGAUACAACCAACCCAAUGGUGUUAAAUCAUUUGUCCAAUCAUUUUUUCUAUAAAAAAGAUUAUGCCAAGUCUGAAUUACUUGCUAGACGUGCCCUACAAAACACAGAGAAUGACGCUAUGAGAGCUGAAAGUUGUUAUCACAUGGCUAGAGUUUUUCAUGUACAGAAUAAUUAUGACCAAGCAUUUCAAUAUUAUUAUCAAGCAACCCAGUUUGCACCGGUUACAUUUGUACUCCCAUAUUUUGGCCUUGGUCAAAUGUAUAUUUAUGGAGGUGAUAAGGAAAAUGCCGCUCAAUGCUUUGAAAAAGUGCUUAAAGCUCAUCCAGAAAAUUAUGAGGCUAUGAAAAUUCUUGGUUCAUUGUACACUAAAUCAAAAAGUCAACAGAAACGAGAUAUAGCAAAAAGUUAUUUAAAGAAAGCAACAGAACAUUUCCCAGAUGAUGCAGAAAUUUGGAUAGAAUUAGCUCAAAUAUUAGAGGCAUCAGAUUUACAUGCUUCAUUAUCUGCGUAUGGUAAAGCUAUGGGUUUAAUACUCAACAGAGCUAAUAAUUACAUUUCACCUGAAAUACUUAAUAAUGUGGCUGCAUUAAAUUAUAGGCUUAACAAUAUGGAUGAAGCUCAUUCUAAACUUGAAGAAUCUUUGAGUUUGUCAAAAAAAAUGGUUGAAACUGACCCCCAGCGUUAUAACUCUAAUGCUGUUACAACUUUGUACAACUUGGCAAGGAUUUAUGAGGUGCAAUGCCAGUUUCAGAAGGCAGAAACAUUUUACAAAGAUAUUCUCAAGGAACAUCCUAAUUAUAUUAGCUGUUAUUUACGUUUGGGCUGUAUGGCUCGAGAUCGUAACCAAAUUUAUGAAGCUUCUGAUUGGUUUAAAGAAGCAUUGCGUGUAGACAAUGAAAAUCCUGAUGCCUGGGCACUACUUGGAAAUUUGCAUUUAGCCAAAAUGGAAUGGGGUCCUGGGCAAAAAAAAUUUGAACGUGUGCUGAAGAACCCCUCAACAUUAAAUGAUCCAUACUCAUUAAUUGCUCUGGGAAAUGUUUGGUUACAAACUCUACAUCAACCAACUAGAAAUAAAGACCAGGAAAAAAGACAUCAAGAUUUGGCAUUACAGUUCUAUACAAAAGUAUUGAAAUAUGAUCCAAGGAACAUUUGGGCAGCUAAUGGAAUUGGUUGUGUUUUGGCAUAUAAACAUUGCAUAAAUGAGGCAAGAGAUAUAUUUUCUCAAGUAAGAGAAGCUACUAGUGAUUUUUGUGACGUCUGGUUGAAUAUUGCACAUAUAUACGUUGAACAAAAACAGUAUAUUAGUGCUAUUCAAAUGUAUGAAAGUUGUAUAAAGAAAUUUUUUAAACAUGAUAAUGUUGAAGUACUACAAUAUCUUGGGCGUGCAUACUUUAGAGCAGGAAUGUUGAAAGAAGCAAAAAGAGUAUUUUUAAAAGCUCGAAGAGUUGCUCCUCAGGAUACGAUUAUAAUUUACAAUAUUGCUUUUGUCCUACAAAAAUUAGCAAUUCUAAUACUGAAAGAUGAAAAAUCAAACUUAAAAGAUGUACUGAAAGCUACAAAUGAACUUGAAUUAUCACAUAAAUAUUUCCAAUAUUUGUCUGUUCACGGUGAUCGUAUGAGAUAUGAUGUUGAUCUGGCUAAUAUUGAAGCUAAACAGUGUAAAGAUUUACUGUCUCAAGCCCAGUACCAUGUGGCACGAGCACGUAAAAUGGAUAACGAUGAGCGUGACAGUCGUCGUAAACAGGAAAGGGAACGAGAAUUAUACCGUGUUAAACAGAUUGAAGAACAGACUAUAGCAUUACAAAAACAAGAUGAACAAAGAAAAGAAAUGUUGUUAAAACGUCAAGAAUAUAAAGAAAAAACAAAGAAUGCGCUAGUAUUUGACACUGUUUUAGAAAAACCUAAGGGUAAAGGGAAACGUCGUGAAAAUUAUGGUUCUGAUUCUGGUAGAAGCAUUUCAUCUGUACCAGGUGGCAAUAGAAGUCCUAGACCUUCAAAGUCUAACAAAUCAAGGAAAAGUGGUGGAUUUAGCGGCGAUUGCAAAAAGAAAAAAAAAGGUGGAUCUAAACAAAGGAAAGAUAGUGUUGCAUCAGGUGGAUCUGGUUUAAGUGAAAAAAUUACAUCAAAGAAAAGGCGUUCAUCUAUAAGUAAGAAGAAAGGACCAAUGCUAUCAUCUAAACAGAAACUUAAAGUUGUGUCCAAAGAAACUAUAUCUACUAGUGAGGAGGAUGAUAGUAGUGACGGUGAAGUAAAAAAACAAAUUUCUGGACAUAGUUCAAAGAAUACUCGAUCAUGUUCAAGCUCCAAGUCUCGUUCACAUUCCGGUAACCAUAAAUCCAGAAGUCCAUCAAGAUCUCGGAUUGGUUCAUGUAGGUUUAGAUCAAAAUCUAAAAGUGUCUCACGCAAUCUUUCAAGAUUUAGAUCACGUUCGGGUAGUAAAUCUCGAUCAAGUAGCCGUUCAUAUUUUGGCAAUCAAUCUCGUUCGGGAAGUCGUUCAAGAUCUUGGUCUCGCUCAGAAUCUGGUUCUAAAUCGCUCUCACAAUCCCCCAGUAAAUCUAAGUCAGUAUCAAGAUCACCAGCCCGAUCAAAGCCUGGUAGUAGUACUGCUUCUAAUUCACUAGAUCGUCCAGGAAGUAGAUCUACAUCCAACUCACAAUACAAAUCUGACAGCAGAUCUUCUAUAUCUAGAAGUGGAUCAGGUUCUAGAUCCGGUUCAGCUUCACCAGACAUAUAAUGAAACUGUACUAUUGAAAAUUAUUUAAUAUUAUAAAUCAUUUUUAAAACUUAGUAGGUAUGAUUAAUAUUUUCAGUUUUUGUUGAUGUAUGUAAUUUUAUUCAUAACAAACGACAAUUAUAUUGUGAUCAAAAAAUUGUUCAUAUUUUUAAAAUGAUUGCAUAACUAAGAUACACUUUCUUGUAGGUACUCAGCAGUCAGUAAACAUAUUUUCUAUUAUAUACACGUACCUAUAUUCAUGUAAUAACUCAAAUAACAGUGUAAGGAUUUAAUUAAAAAUCGGGGUUAUGUAAUUUUAAAGUAAUUUUUAAUAUAAUAUUAUAUUUAUUCAUCAUUAAAGGCUCGGUUAAACAGAAAGCGGUCUGCCAUGGUGUACGCCGUACGGGUACGCUAUCCGCGGUGGACAGUCCGCGUGGCUGUAUUAUUUUACAGUGUCCGCGCGGACAGACCGCUUUGUGUUUUACUGAACCUUAAUAAAAAAAAAAAAAAACAAAAAUUAAUGUUAAAUGUAAUUAAGGGUGUCAGAGCCGGUGCAUUUUUAGUACAAAACAUGUCUUAUAGGAAAAACUCUCAAACUCUCUCUUUAGAAUAUAGUUGGAUUUCAUUAACUUUCUUUUUUUUUUAAAAAGAAGAAUUUUGCCAGAUUUUUAAAUUUAUAAUUAUUAUAGAAUCUAAAAUAUGCAGUUGAAUAAUGCAGAACAUGAAAAUUCGGUCAUUGAUCAGACUUGAAAAAAGUUCUCAUCUUUCAGAUAAAAAACAUUAUCUGUGAGACUUGAGCGUUUUUCCUUUAAAGUCAUUAUUGUUAAUAUAAUACACCAGUAUCAACUCCCCUAAAUAAGUAUCAGUCAUUAAAAUAGUGAAAAAGUGAAGGCGAAAACUAAAAUAUAAUUUUCACUUUUUAUAGAGCUGAGCAAAAUUUUAAAAACUGGCACCGACACCCUUAACAAGUUAUGGUUUCCCUUUUUUUGGGCUAAAUUAGUUUCAUUUUUUUCUUGUGUUUAAUUACUCAAAUUGUCUGUAAGUUUAUAUAUAUAUAAUUAUCAAUAAGGUUUAUUUUUACUAUUCUUUUUGUCACUAAUAACAACUUUUUUUUAUUGUAUUCAAUUAUUGUGGAUUUCCUAUUUUACAACGAUUAAGUGGAUAAUUAUCGACUGAAUAGCGAAACAAUAUAAUAUUAAUGUAAUACCUAAUGUAAUAAUGUAAUAAAUAAUAAUACUUUAAUUUUA